CUCUCUCCAGCCUCCUUUCAAAAAAAAAAAAAAAAAACUCUCUCCAGCCUCCGCCGUUCCUACUGCCGUACUACCGCCGUACUACCGGCAAGGCCGGAGACGGCUACGGUCGCCAUGGAGGAUGAGAAGGCGGCCGCCGUGCCUCGCGUGGGAGGAUGGAGGAUGCCUCACCGGGGCGUGUGCUCGGGUGAGGGGCGGCGUCCUUGCCGGCGGGACUAGCGCCUAUCGGCUGCGGCUUCGCGCCAGGUCAGUCGCCGCGGUUGGCUUCUUCAAUUGACGGCAGUGGAGGCGGCCAAGCGAAGUGAUCUGUUGACAGGAAACAAGUGCUUUGGCUCAAGUUGGUACCUGGCAAUGCGAGUCCUUUUUCAUAAUUUACCGCUCGUUGCAUAGAGAGAAAUAUCUUUGUGCAUUGGAGCAUUCCAUUGGCUGCCAUAUGUUACCUAAGCUGACAGCCACAAGGUGUUGUGCUGUCCUCCUGACCUGGUCGCUGUUGAAUGCACUGCGGGGAAGACAACAGAGACAUGCUCCGGAUACUUGCGGGCACCAAUUGCCAUCUGGGCUACAUGGAGAAGGAUGAGAUAUGGAGGUUUGAUUCAUUUGAGGCUUUUGAGGAGAUAUGCUCGUUAGCAAAGCAGAAGGAGGUAGACUUUGUGCUUCUCGGUGGUGACCUGAUCCAUGAGGACAAGCCUUCGCGUUCGACCUUGGUGAAGACCAUUGUGAUUCUACGCCGCUACUUCCUACUCCCUCUGUCCCAUAAUGAUAACCUCUCUGCUAUCCAUAUCCUUUCGGCUUGCAAUCUUGUAAACUAUUUUGGGAAGAUAGACCUUGGCGGCUCCGUUGUUCAUCAAAUAGUUGUCCAUCCAGUACUUGUUAAAAAGGGUACAACUACAGUUGCACUAUAUGGCCUUGGGAACAUUUGAGAUGAGCGACUGAACAAAAUGUUUCAGGUGCCUUUCCAUUCUGGUGUACAUAUAGGUAGGCCGGCAUUGGCAUUCGCCAUCUGGCAUCCCAAUGAGAUGAUGAGGAGGUGACUGCUGCUAUAAACCAAACAAAAGCAAAAUUCAAUUUAAUUGUAGAGAUGGGCAUACAUA